AUGGCGGAUUUUGAACCGGGGACACCAGGGACGCCGACAACGCCGACGCCUCUUAUGCCGUCUCUGAGAGUGGAUUCACUGUCGUACGAUCGGAAGUCAAUGCCGAGAUGCAAGUGCUUGCCUUUGAAUGCGUCUACUUGGGCUGCACCUCAAACCUGUCUCACCCACUUCUCUGCACCUGAAAUUUCUCUCACUCGCAAGGUUGCAGCAGAGUUUGUGGGAACAUUUAUUCUGAUAUUUGGAGCAACAGCAGGACCAAUUGUGAACCAAAAAUACGAUAGAGCAGAAGGUCUAAUAGGGAAUGCAGCAUGCGCUGGGCUGGCUGUUAUGAUAGCCAUCCUUUCAACAGGACAUAUAUCUGGAGCUCAUCUUAAUCCAUCCCUUACAAUUGCCUUUGCUGCUUUUCGUCAUUUCCCGUGGAUUCAUGUCCCGGCUUAUAUUGCAGCACAGGUUUCUGCAUCUAUUUGUGCUUGUUUUGCGCUCAAAGGUGUAUUCCAUCCUUUCUUGUCUGGUGGUGUCACUAUUCCUUCUGUCAGUACUGGCCAGGCAUUCGGUCUUGAAUUCCUCAUAACCUUUAAUCUGCUGUUUGUUGUAACCGCAGUUGCCACUGAUACCCGCGCAGUUGGAGAAUUAGCCGGAAUAGCAGUCGGAGCUACAGUUAUGCUCAACAUUCUUGUGGCUGGGCCAUCUAGUGGUGGUUCAAUGAAUCCGGUGCGAACUCUGGGGCCAGCAGUUGCAGCAGGAAAUUAUAAGUCGAUAUGGAUAUACAUGGUGGCACCUACACUUGGGGCUCUUGCCGGGGCAGCUAUCUAUGCGCUUGUGAAGCUUCGAGGAGACGAAGAUGACGAACCUCGACGUCAGCUCAGCAGGGCUAGUUAG